CACACCCCCAAUCUCACCCCGGCCCGUCUCCCCCCAGCUCUCCUACAUCGCCGAGGACGAGAACGGCAAGAUCGUGGGCUACGUGCUGGCCAAGAUGGAGGAGGACCCCGACGACCUGCCCCACGGACACAUCACCUCCCUGGCCGUGAAACGCUCCCACCGGCGCCUGGGUCUGGCGCAGAAGCUGAUGGACCAGGCGUCCCGCGCCAUGAUCGAGAACUUCAACGCCAAGUACGUCUCCCUGCACGUCCGCAAGAGGUGA